UCCCUGUGCGGGCUGAGGAGGGAGCAGGCAGGCAGCGCUUCUGCGGAGGGAUUCAGCGAUGAAUGGAGCCGAGCGCACAACUUCUCUCCAGUCCUGCUGUUGCUGCCGCCGCUGCUGCUGGAGUUUGCUGUAGGAUUUGUUUCCUUCUUGUGACAAAACGAGCUGGACUUUACUUCUUUCUGCCAACAUGCAUUCAGCAGCACUGCUACUGAUGCUGGCCGUCAGGAUCUACGCAGACAGCAUGGAAGGACCAACAGCUGGCUGUACCUUUGACGAGGACUCAGACCCUGGCUUGUGUGAGUACCGACAGGGACAAGAGGACGACUUUGAUUGGCAGCUGAUCAGGACCUACAACUGGCCACACCCGACCCCAGACCUUCUGAGAGGGUCCUUCAUGAUGGUCAAUUCCUCGCAGCAUUUCGGGGGCCAGCGAGCUCAGCUGCUCCUGCUCCCACUCAGCGAGAACGACACCCACUGCAUCCAGUUCAGCUACUUCCUGUACAGCCGCGACGGCCACAGCCCCGGGGACCUGCACGUCUACAUCCGGGUCAACGCGGGCCCCAAGGGCAGCGCUGUGUGGAAUAUCUCAGGCUCCCAGGGACGCCAGUGGCACCAGGUGGAGCUUGCCGUCAGCACUUUCUGGCCCAGUGAAUACCAGGUCAUCUUUGAAGCGACCGUUUCCGAGGAGCGACAGGGCUACAUUGCCUUGGACGACAUUGUGCUGCUCAAUUACCCCUGUUACAAGGUGCCUCAUUUCUCUCGGCUGGGUGACGUGGAGGUUAAUGCUGGGCAGAAUGCCUCAUUCCAGUGUGUCGCCACGGGCAAAGUUUCUGAGACUGAGCCCUUCCUCUUGGAGCGGAGGAACAGCGUGGUGCUGGACACGUCCAUGCUGUCUCGGUUGAGCCAUAAGCGGCUGAUGGCGACGUUCCAGGUGGAGGCGCAGCGUGGGGAGCAGGACCUCUACCGCUGCAUCACCCUGUCCCCCAGGGGCGCCGCUGUGUCCAACUUUGGAGAACUCAUUGUCAGAGUGCCCCCAACACCGAUUGCUCCCCCCCAGCUCCUGCGGGCAGGCCCCACCUACCUGAUCAUCCAGCUCAACACCAACUCCAUCGUGGGGGACGGACCAGUUAUUCGGCGGGAAAUCCAGUACCGAGCCAGUCAGUCCACGUGGACGGAGACUCACGGUGUGGGUUCACUUACCUAUAAGAUUUGGCAUCUGGAGCCAGACACAGAGUACCGCAUCAGUGUCCUGCUCACCCGGCCUGGGGAGGGGGGCACAGGAGCACCUGGACCUCCUCUGACCAGCAGGACAAAGUGUGCAGAGCCCAUGCGUGCCUUGCGGGGUCUGACAGCCUCAGAGAUCCAGCCCCGGCAGCUGGCCCUCCAGUGGGAGCCGCUGGGCUACAACCUCACCCGCUGUCACACCUACUCCUUGUCCCUGUGCUACCGCUACUCCAUGCCAACAGGAGGCAGCGGAGGGAACAAUGCCACCGUCAGGGAGUGCCUGUCCGUGGAUCGUAACACCUCUCACUUCACCCUGAGAGACCUGCCACCCUUCCGCUCGGUCCAUGUCCGACUGGCGUUGGCCAAUCCAGAAGGCAAGAAGGAGAGCAGAGAGGUCACCUUCCAGACUGAGGAAGACAUUCCUGGCGGCAUCGCUCCAGAGUCCCUGACCUUCACCCCGCUCGAUGACAUGAUCUUCCUCAAGUGGGAGGAGCCCGUCGAGCCCAACGGUCUCAUCACGCAGUACGAGAUCAGCUACCAGAGUAUCGAGUCGUCAGACCCAGGCAUUAACGUGCCAGGUCCUCGCCGCACAGUGUCCAAGCUGAGGAAUGAGACCUACCACAUGUUCUCUGGCCUGCAUCCCGGAACCACCUAUCUGGUGUCAGUACGAGCCCGAACUGCCAAGGGGUUUGGCCAGACAGCGCUCACAGAGAUCACCACCAACAUCUCUGCCCCGGUGUUUGACUAUGAAGACAUCCCCUCUCCGCUGAGUGAGUCGGAGAGCACCAUCACUGUGCUGCUUCGCCCUGCGCUGGCAAGAGGGGCUCCAGUCAGCGCCUACCAGGUGGUGGUGGUGGAAGAGGAUGGCUCCCGCCAGGUGAGGAGGAGGGAGCUGGGCACCGUCGACUGUUUCCCCACACCAAACUCUCACAGCGAGGCGCAGGCUAAAGGAGCGCCACAUUACUACACAGCUGAGCUGGCUCCCAGCAGUUUGCCCGAGGCCACGCCAUUCACCGUGGGCGACAACCACACCUACAACGGCUACUGGAACAGCCCUUUAGACCCCACCAAAAACUACCUCAUCUACUUCCAGGCCACCAGCAACUUCAGAGGGGAGACCAGGAUAAACUGCAUUCGGAUUGCACGCAAAGCUGCCUGUAAGGACUCUAAGCGGGCUCUGGAGGUGUCCCAGCACGCUGAGGACAUGGGUCUGAUCCUUGGGGCCUGCGCUGGAGGUCUGGUUGUCCUUAUUCUGCUCCUGGGGGCCAUCGUCAUCAUCGUCAAGAAGGGAAGGGACUUCUAUUCUUACCCUUACUACCCUAGGAAGAAGGUGGCCAUAAACAAGGCAGCCAUGUCCUACAGGCAAGAGAAGAGUCGGAAGCUGAGCUCUUUAGACUGCAGCAUGACAGAGCAGAGCACUCUCCAGCAAGAUGAGAGGAUGGCCCACUCCUUCAUGGAUGCCCACGGCUGCAACGCUCGAAAUGAACAGAGAAGCUCGGUCAACGAGUCCAGCAGCUUACUGGGAGGCUCGCCUCACCGCCACUGUCGGAGGAAGAGCUCGCCGUAUCACACGGGUCAGCUCCACCCUGCUGUAAGGGUGGCUGACCUCCUGCAGCACAUCAACCAGAUGAAGACAGCUGAGGGAUACGGCUUCAAACAAGAAUAUGAGAGUUUUUUUGAUGGCUGGGACGUCACGAAAAAGAAGGACAAGACCAAAGGAAGGCACGAUAGUCUGCUCAGCCAUGAUCGCCAUCGAGUCAAGCUGCACUCUCUGCUCGCGGACCCCAGCUCUGAUUAUGUCAAUGCCAACUACAUAGACAUUCGGAUAAACAGGGAAGGUUACCAGCGAUCAAAUCACUUCAUCGCCACGCAAGGCCCCAAGCAGGAGAUGAUCUAUGACUUCUGGCGGAUGGUUUGGCAGGAGAACUGCUUCAGUAUUGUCAUGAUCACCAAGCUGGUGGAAGUGGGCAGGAUGAAGUGCUGUAAGUAUUGGCCUGAUGACACUGAGCUCUACGGUGACAUUAAGAUAACACUAUUGAAGACAGAAACACUGGCGGAGUACACUGUGCGCACCUUUGCCAUGGAGAGGAGAGGUUACCCUGCCAAACAUGAGGUGUGCCAGUUCCACUUCACCUCCUGGCCUGAGCAUGGGGUGCCGUACCACGCUACCGGCCUGCUGGCUUUCCUGCGCCGGGUCAAGGCCUCGACGCCUCCUGACGCUGGGCCUGUGGUGGUCCACUGCAGUAUGGGGGCAGGCAGGACCGGCUGCUACAUUGUGCUGGAUGUCAUGCUGGAUAUGGCUGAGUGUGAAGGAGUGGUGGACAUCUACAACUGUGUCAAGACUCUGUGCUCCCGACGCAUCAACAUGAUCCAGACUGAGGAGCAGUAUGUGUUCAUCCAUGAUGCCAUUCUGGAGGCUUGUCUGUGUGGAGAGACCGCCAUCCCUGUCAAUGAGUUCGCCCUCACCUAUAAGGAGAUGCUGAAGGUUGACUCACAGAGCAACACCUCGCAGCUGAGAGAGGAGUUUCAGACUCUGAACUCGGUGACUCCUCACCUGGAUGUGGAGGAGUGCAGCAUUUCUCUGAUGCCCAGGAACCGCGAGAAAAACCGCAGCAUGGACGUCCUGCCGCCGGACCGCUCCCUGGCCUUCCUGGUCACCACCGAAGGAGAGAGCAGCAACUACAUCAACGCAGCGCUCGCCGACAGCUUCCUCAGGCCUGCUGCCUUCGUGGUGACGCCGCACCCGCUGCCUGGCACAACCACUGACUUCUGGAGGCUCGUGUACGACUACGGCUGCACCUCGGUGGUGAUGCUCAACCAGCUCAACCAGUCCAACUCAGCCUGGCCUUGCCUGCAGUACUGGCCUGAACCGGGGUUGCAGCAGUUUGGGCCAAUGACGGUCGAGCUUCUGUCCAGGACAGCCGAUGAUGACGUUAUCAUCCGUCUCUUCCGGGUUCAGAACAUCACUCGGGAUCCCGAGGAGACAGACACCACAGAACAAGACACCGAUAGGCUCUUACCCAAGAAGCUUCAGGAAGGCCAGCUUGUGGUGCGUCACUUCCAGUUCCUGCGCUGGUCCCCAUACCGCGACGUGCCCGACUCCAAGAAAGCCUUCCUCAGCCUUUUGGCUCAGGUUCACAACUGGCAGAUGGAGUGUGGAGAGGGACGCACCAUCGUCCACUGCCUGAAUGGCGGCGGUCGAAGUGGUACUUUCUGUGCCAGCACCAUGAUCCUGGAGAUGAUUCGUCACCACAGCAUGGUGGACGUGUUCUUUGCUGCCAAAACACUGCGCAACUCGAAGCCAAACAUGGUGGAGACAAUGGAGCAGUACCGGUUCUGCUAUGACCUGGCCCAGGAGUACCUGGACUGCUUGGAAGUAAGAUAGCACCAAUCCCUGACCUCUCGUCCCUCUUUGAAGAGAAGGUCUAGGACCUGGAUCUCGCGUCCUGGAUCUGUGCUCCUGCCUCCUUAGUCCAUGUAUACAGCUCUGGUUGUUUUCUUCGCCAUGCCUGGAUGAAACAUUGUCUGCCAUAAAGACUGUUUGAGAAAGCUCACUGGACAACUUGUAACAUACUACUGACACCCUUUUUGCUUUUCCUCGGCGCUCUGAUCCAACCUGUACUCUUUUGGGCCACUUUACAUCCGCCAAGCCAGAGGACACUUAACAGGAGUAGAGUUCAUUUUAUAUACGACCACUGUCAAGGCAGCCGGACUUCCUGUCGUACACCUCGACGGCGGGACUCAAAGAGCUCAGCUGUAUCCUGCCUUACUAUGAACAAACACUGAAAGGGAACUACAGUUGAUGCCAACCAAUGGGUGAUAUUUUGUGUUUGUUUGUAACACUGUAAAUGGUGCAAUCUGCUGUUGGUGAACAUCCCAUGUCGUACUGUACUAUAUUUGAACUUUAUCGUGGAUGAGGCUGACGAUGGAAGGUAAGCUGAGGGUGAGAAGGAAAGAAGUUGCUCACAUCCUAUGGACAUAUCUGUACAGUAAAGUUGUCUUGGACCUAAUUUCUCUUUAUUUAUUUUCUGUGUAUAUAGAUGUUUUUUUCCUCCCUCCCUCCCCCCGGGUGUUUCUAGAUGUUCUCAACGUCUUAUCAGUGUGCCAAUCCAUUCUCUCUGUGUCUGUAAAUGGGGACCACUUCAGCAUCUGCAUGCCCAGUCUUAAGUGUUUCAUCGCAGUGUGUGGCCCAAGUCUGCUUUAGGAUGGAUUCUGCACCGCGAAUCCCUCCGCUAGUCCCAAGAGAGCUCCGUAAGAAUAACCGCGUGUUGCUGUGAGAAUACGGCGAAAAAUCUGUCGCUUUCUAAAUUUGUAUUUAUUCAAUGUGUUUUAUUUUCUAAAUAGUGUAUAAAACAGGAAAGUAAAUAAAAUA